GACAGAACCGAGUGUUCUGGGCCCGACAGUUCGGCCGUGCUUGGGGCCCUGCGAGCCGUGGGCGCGCCGCGGAGACGAGCGGGCUCCGCGCGCUUCUCGGCCGGCUCGGGCGCCUGGAAGGGCGAGCUCGCCGCAUUGGCCUGGGCUAAAACGUCGAAAGACCCUAGGGUUGCUGCAGGUCAACAGUCCCCACUGGAGAAAAAGAUCUUGAAUCUAGGUGGCAUGCAUACAACAGCAGCAAGACACUUGCUGACUCAGAAACAUCAAGAGGAAUAUGAAGCGCUCUGUAGGGAGCAGGCUUGUUCGCUUGACUACUGGCUUGCCAAAGCAGAGUCCUACUAUAAUAAAAGAAUGAUGGACAUAAUGAAGAAAGAGGCAACAGGCAAUGAAAUUAAGAUGAAAGUGGAGGAGGAAACAACCCGGAGCGUAGAGGGACAAAAGCAUUACUGUGUAGUACCUGAGAGAGAGAGGAAACAGAUAGAAAGACAUGUACAUCGAACAGGCCAGGCCAGAGGAUUUAAGAACGGAACAUCCAAACAACCACAACCCCUCAGUGAUACAUUACCAAAAAUUAUGCCAGAAAAGCAUGGCAUCCAGAAAGCACAAAGAAAGCAGGUAAAUGAGAGAGAACAGAUGCAAAUUAAGGAUCACCAGGAACGAAUGAUUCGAGGGAGAGAACUUACAGAGCAAAGACUCAAGGAAAGAAUCCUGAGAAAAAGCCAGAGCCAGCCGCCUGCCCGUGCAAAGUAUGAGAGAGCACAGAAAGAGACCAGGGAGUUUGAGAGAGUUACUGCAUAUCCGCUUUUCCAGCCAUGCGGUAGAAGUCGGGUGCAAGUGACUGUUCUUAUGGAAAAGUCUCAGAGGAGAGAGAAAGUAGAUACAGUUCUGAAAUCAUGUGAAAGAAAAUACUUGGCUCUACCCCCCUUCUUGGAACGUCAAAUAGAAAAAUAAAACAUUAGUAAGUGUUAGUAAAGUUUCAGUGGUUUUGUGAUGAAACAUUA